UUCAAGGUAAGUUUUUGAACAAUAUUUUGAAUCAUGGUGACACCAGAAAAGAGGCUUUCAAGAGGUUUAAAUGCAAGAAGCAUAGGGUCAGGCAAGGAAACCAUAGUUUUGUGUCAUGGGUUUGGAACGGACCAAUCGAUAUGGCACAAAAUCAUUCCCCUUUUGGCAGAAAGUUACACUCUGGUUCUCUUUGAUUGGCCUUUUUCUGGGGCUGUGACUGAUAAGAGCCUUUAUGAGCAUGCCAAGUACACCUCCUUUGAACCUUAUGCUGAUGAUUUGAUCACUGUCAUAGAUGAGAUGGACCUCAACUCUGUCACUUUUGUUGGACAUUCCAUGUCUGCUAUGAUUGGUUGCAUUGCCUCCAUUAAAAGACCUCACCUCUUCAAUAAUCUCAUUCUUGUUACUGCUUCUCCAAG